AUGGCCACGAGAACAGUCCCGAGCGUCGGAGAGCCAGUUCCCACAGCAGGAAGGGUCUUGGGCUUGGUUGUUUCCCUCCUCUCGACAAGCGUGUUGACUCUGUUCCUAAUGGUGUUUGCCAUUUACGCGGAUUCGUACAUCUUUGUCUUUGCGUCGGCCAUGCUGCAGCACUCCAUCGGCUUGAAUGCUAGCUUUAGAACCUGCGACAGCGCCAUCUUGAUCUGCCUCGUUUGUUAUGUUACUACCAAGGUGAGAGAGCGCCUGGACACUCUGGGACUCGAAGCCAAGUCCGCCGACGCUGACGGUUUGCAAAGUUUAUAUACCUCUUUCUGGUUGAAAAGGCGGUAUGCUGCACAGUUGAGUGUGAUUUCGGGGUCAUGGAUGACUGACGCGCCGCAGCACAUCAUUCGCGGCACGCCAAAGAAGAGAAUUGGCUCGAGAUUGUACAUGUUCAACUCUCUAGGUAUGAUUGCGGUGUAUCUGGCAGUCGUAAUUCUCAACUUUGUAUUUCGGAUAGCCAAGCUGCAGGAUGGGGAAUGCAUCAUCGGCAUGAAGAGCUUUGCCAUGAUUCCACUCAUUUCCUUCGACGCUGUUGUCAAUGUAUACCUGACAAUCAUUUUCCUCAUUCCGCUCCGCAACCUCUACUCAUACAAGAACAUGCCUCGCACGCACGCAAAUAUGCGACUUCGAACUAUUGCUUUCAGAACAUUUUGUGGAGCAGUUUGCACGCUGCUAAGCAGCAUAGUAAACCUGUGUGCGUUAAUGUCACUUGAUGGUGAGCCAGGAUGGGUGUGUCUGGUGAGCUGCAAUUGCGACAUUAUUUUUUCCGCUGCUGUCAUCCAAUGGGUUACAUCCAAGGACAACAUGGGUACCUCGACGGCCUCGUCAACAAACGGCGUGAUCAAUGGGAGAGAAGCCCUAGGUCACGAAUCAAUCAGGGUACUCACUCCAUACGCAGCGGAUUUCUCGACAGCGUCAAGUCCUGUUGACCUCUCCUUGGUAGCUUCAGCCCGGUGCUCAACGCAGGCCGACAUGCACGCGGACAAUGCCACAAGCGCCGGCGGCGUAAUCAUCACAACCACCAUCGAACGGGAGACCAAGCUCGGCGGCGGCAGCAAGUCCCAAGGGAGCCCAGUGGGUAUCCCGAUGGGCCGCGGAUACCAGGAAUGCUAUGCCGGUGAGGAGGGCUGUGCAACUUUCCAAGACGACCCCCAAGGAGCAUACGGCUCUAGAGUGAACAUCACCGCGGGCCAGCCUUAG